AUGGACUCAACAGAAGUAUCUGUAUUAGAUCCGGAGACGGAGUUUUUGGCGUCGAAGCAAGAGACAGGUCACGAAUGGGAACUCUUCAAGGAGAACGUCCGCCCUUUGAAGCGAGGUCGUAAUGUCAAUCUUCUAAAUCACGCCCUCAAAUCUCAAACUGAUUUUCAACUCAAGAAGUCCCUUCUUGAUCAUCGAAGGAGGUUAUUGGAGGCAAUUGAUGAGUAUAAAGGCGACGAUCCCCUUCAACCAUGGCUCGAGUGCAUCAAAUGGGUUCAGGAGGCUUUCCCUCCUGGGGGCGACUACUCAGGACUAGUUGUUAUUUAUGAACAAUGCGUCCGCACUUUUUGGCAUGAAGAACGAUACAAGGAGGAUCUACGUUACCUAAAAGUUUGGCUAGAAUAUGCUGAAAAUUGUGUUGAUGCUGAAGUCAUAUAUAGUUUUCUGGAGGCAAAUAAUAUUGGUCUGACACAUUCGUCUUUGUACAUAUCAUAUGCUUUGCACAUGGAAUGCAAACAUAAAAUUAGAAUUGCAAAUGAAAUCUUCAAUCGCGGGCUAUCUAUGAACGCUCAACCAGUCGAGAAACUAAAGGCAGCCUUCAAGAAAUUUCUCACUCGUUCAAUGAGACAACCAAAAGCCUCAGAUGAGGACAUAAUGGAGAACCAUUUACCAUCUCGAAGCUUUGGAACUGUAUUGGCUAGGGGAGAAACGAGAAACCAAGCUUCCCAGAGUUCUGAUCUUUCUAGGAAGAAAAUGAAGAUUGACCGGACUCCUGGAACUUCAUUAUCCAUUUAUAAAGAUAGCAGCAGGGAUCCAACAUUGGGUCCUCAUUCAGAAAUGUCAAAAUUAGAAGUAAAAACUUGGCACUCACUCGGUGCUCGAGCAGAAAGAAAUAAAGAGAAUAAUGCAAUUCCUUCCAAAUGGACAUCAAACAAAAUUCCUCAAAGACCCAAUACAAGAAUCGGAAGACCAGCUGCAGGCCCACGCAUUGAGAUCUUUGUGGAUGAGGAAUGUUCGGGAGCACGUAAGGCACACAAUGAAGCGGAUGACAAGUCUUCAGUUCUGCAGCUUAGACCUGCAGACGGCAGAGAUCUCAAGAAGGAGAGCGAGAUAUUAAGGGAGCAUCCAUUGCGUAAUUUCCCUCUGAGUUCUCUGCCCAGAUAA